UUUUGGUUCGAAAUUGCUGGAAAUUUUUACAUUUUUAACAAUUACUUGCAUUUCGUGAUAAAGAUAAAGGAGAUAAGAACAAAUUAACAUCAUUUGCAACUCCCACCGUCGUUUCCGUUUGGAAAGUAGUCCGAGAAAGUUAUGUUUUUGCCACCUUUUUUUAGAUACCUCAUCGCCAGGGAGAAUGAUCUGGUUCCUCAACGAAUUAGAUGACUAAGCACUCAACCCCAAUCAAUCGAGGUACUUUGGUGUAUCGCGAGAGAUAAGAGAAGUUGCGCAUUUCACUCGGCAGCGGAAACAUGUUGCGGUUUGUAUGCUGGUUAACGCUGCUCCUAAAACUCGGCCUCAUCUGUGCAUAUCGGCCAGUCUUUAUCUAUCAUGGGAUUCUCACCGGAGCCGACAGUAUGCAGCAUCUUGUGAAGCGGAUUCAGCUGCUUCACCCCGAUACGGUUGUGUACAAUUUUGAUCGCUUCGGAGGAUGGUCUAGUCUGGAGAAUGCUUGGCAUCAGGUGCUGGAAGCUAACACGAACCUUCAGGCGGUAUGUGCCCUACAUCCGGAAGGCAUCAAUAUGAUCGGCUAUUCGCAGGGUGGGCUCCUCGGUCGGGCCGUGCUGCAAACGUACCCGGACCAUUGUGUCCGCACAUUCAUCUCACUGAGCUCACCACAGGCUGGCCAGUUUGGAGAUGAUUUUCUGCAUUUGAUCUUCCCCUCGCUGGUGGCCAAAACGGCGUACCAGCUGUUCUACUCCUACGUCGGCCAACAUACGUCCGUCGGGAACUACUGGAAUGAUCCGCACCAUCAGGACCUCUUCGACCAGUUCAGCAUUUUUCUGCCAUAUGUGAACAAUCGGUUGUACUCAGCUAACUCGACACAGUUCCGUGAGACGAUGAUGCGACUCCGGCGGCUAGUGCUGAUCGGUGGACCGGACGAUGGUGUCAUUACACCGUGGCAAUCGAGUCAUUUCAGUUUCUACAACGAAACGAAUGAUGUGGUACCGCUACAGGAAAGCCCCAUCUACAAGGAGGAUCUGAUCGGACUGAAGACGCUGCACGAUAGUGGCCGAUUGGAUGUGAUCAGCAGGGAAGGUGUGCAUCAUUAUCAGUGGCACCGGACGGAUCAUGUGAUCGAUAGUGUCAUCAUUCCCUAUCUCGACUGAGGGAACGACACCGACUGACGCAGCUUUACCAUGAGUUAAUUGAAUUUUAGUUACACUUUAAGGUGGGUUUUGUAUAAAGGACAUAUUAAAAUAAUAGAUAGAUAAGUGAAAACUUGAUACUCGAUUGUGUGAUCGACGGUGCUGUUCGGAAGCUGAGAUACUAGCCACAGUCGUAUCUCCAACGUCAUUUUUUCAAUCAAAGUAUGCGAAAAAGUGCUGCAAUAGUUAGCUUUAACGUAAAGGAGAGGUAGUCUGAAUCGUUUGUUUUACAUAUCAUUGAUCGUAGCUAGAAAGCUGUAAAAUACAAUUUGAUCUUGAUUGGAAAUAAUUAAAUAUAGAUUGGUGAUUUGGAGAUGUUACCGAGCGACAUGCCUUUAAACUGUUUAAUAUAGGUUUAGUCCAUAGUUUACUUCGAUGCUCAAUAUGAUUGUGUUGGCUUACUUUGACCAUUUAUAUGAUAUUUUAAGUCAACCACCAUUAAAAUUAUAAAAUGCCAGCAGUUCUCGUAUUGAGACAACCCCUAUCCGGGGUAUGAGCGUAAGUUAAAUUUGCAGCAUCAAGUACGUCCGCCGGAGCGUCUCAGGCUAGUAUUGGAUUGCUGAGCACCUUAUCAAACGAAAUAAAGACUU